UGAGUCCCCGCGGUUCGUCACAGUAAAAAUAGUCACAACGUUUCACUAUUCAAUAGUAGCUGCCACAGACGAGUAUGUCUUGCUGUUGUUAUCCAGUAGUUCAUGUAUAAACAAUCACUGCGGCAACGGAGGAUAGGCAGGUUAGCGGCGAGUAGCGCUGAGUGCGCAACGAUACGGGUUCAGUGUGAGUCGGCUUCGCAUGGUCUUGAGGUGUUGCAUAGGACCGUUACUUGUUUUGCAGUGCCUACGCUGGUGGUUUUUUCGCGUCUAUAACCCCUACACAAACUUCAUCUUUCCACAAUGGCAGAUCAGCUGACAGAGGAACAGAUCGCUGAAUUCAAGGAGGCCUUCAGCCUCUUCGACAAGGAUGGUGAUGGCACCAUCACCACAAAAGAGUUGGGCACAGUGAUGAGGUCACUGGGACAGAACCCAACAGAGGCAGAGCUGCAGGAUAUGAUCAAUGAAGUUGAUGCAGAUGGUAAUGGUACGAUUGACUUCCCUGAGUUCCUCACAAUGAUGGCCCGGAAGAUGAAGGACACAGACAGUGAGGAGGAGAUCCGUGAAGCAUUCCGCGUGUUCGACAAGGAUGGUAACGGCUUCAUCAGUGCAGCAGAGUUGCGCCAUGUUAUGACCAAUCUUGGAGAGAAGCUAACAGACGAGGAAGUGGAUGAGAUGAUCCGGGAGGCAGAUAUCGAUGGUGACGGCCAAGUCAACUAUGAGGAAUUCGUGAUCAUGAUGUCCAAAUGAACAGAUGUGUACCUUAUUUCCUCAGCUUGAUUAUUGUUCCGAAUUCGUCACCAUGAUGACGUCCAAAUGAAGAGCACAUCUGUUGUCGAGCCAACGUUCCAUCUUCUGUCUUUCACUGCUCUUCAGCAUCUCUGUCCAAUUUAUCCCCUCUCCUUGUGGGUCCAGUGUAGCUGUCCCAUCUUUGGUGAUUGUUUAGCCUGUGAAAUGUCUGCUGUACUUUAAAAAACGAGAAGGAUCGGUUGCUCCCACUGUCCAGAUUCCUCUAUUUUUGUUGUGACGAAAAGGAAAAGGUAAAAAACAGAAGACCCUCCUAUUCUUGCACUGGUGAUUUUGUGGACAAGAGAUGUCGUUAAGGUCGUCUGGACCUUUAGUGCAGCACUAUUUGGUGACAAAGAAAAACUAAAACUCCCUCACAUCUGGCCCUUCUCAAUUUGUGUUCUUGUAAAGUUUUAUACAUAUCUUUAUUGAGCUGAGUUUUCUUGUAAGUACAUGACUGCGUUAAUGGCUACUGUAUUGUACUCUCUGGCAGAUCAGGAACUACUGUAAUGAUGACAGAGUUGUAUGAAUGUCCAUUUUGGUAUUCACUAAAGAUGUUUACAUUUUUAUGAGAGUAAAUAUUGACAGGCUGCUAGGCCAUAAAAGCAGUGCUGAGUGACCAAAUGAUAGCCCAAAAAGCCCUGGGCCCAGUCAGUUGUGUGUUUUAAACUGAUUUUGGGACUGGUUACCACUGUGCGUCCUGACACAGGCUGUGAUAGAUCUGUGUGUCUUGGUUGUAAAUCUCCUCUACUGUAGUGAUCCACUUGUGUGAAGUGUGUUCACUUGAGUUGUAGUCUAUGAGCCUGUGGAGGACGUCGUGGUCCUCGCAGUCAGCUCAGCAAAUGUAUUUGUGCGACAUCUUUACUAAUAAAACUAGCUCCACCUAUA